UCUCAUUCUAUCCAUUCUCGCAGCUCGAGUUAGGGUUUCGAGCUGGUUGCAGGCGUUGGUUUUCUUUUGUUAGAGAUUUCAUUGAAUGUGUCGAUGGCUCAACAUUCGAGUAGAGCUAGGGUCGUUGGAGACUACAUCGUUGGUCGACAGAUUGGAUCAGGAUCUUUCUCUGUCGUCCGGCAUGCAAGGCAUCGAGUGCAUGGCACGGAAGUCGCGAUUAAGGAGAUUGUGAUGGAUCGACUGAGCAAGAAAUUACAGGAGAGUCUCUUGUCGGAGAUUGAUAUCUUGCAGAAAAUCGACCAUCCUAAUAUUAUUCGGUUGCACAAUAUCAUUAAGGGUCCUGGAAGAAUACAUCUGGUAUUGGAAUAUUGCAGAGGAGGUGAUCUUUCUAUAUAUAUUCAACGUCAUGGUGGAAGAGUUCCAGAAGCAACUGUGAAGCACUUCAUGCAGCAGCUAGCUGCUGGUUUACAAGUGCUCCGUGAAAACAAUCUUAUACAUCGAGAUCUAAAGCCACAGAAUCUCCUCCUUUUCACUAAUGACAACCAUUCCGUAUUGAAGAUUGCAGAUUUUGGUUUUGCAAGGUCAUUACAACCUAGAGGCCUGGCAGAAACAUUAUGCGGCUCUCCACUCUACAUGGCUCCAGAAAUAAUGCAACUCCAGAAAUAUGAUGCAAAGGCAGAUCUCUGGAGUGUUGGGGCCAUCUUGUUUCAGCUUGUAACUGGGAAGACCCCAUUUACUGGAAAUAGCCAAAUACAGUUGCUACAGAACAUUGUGAAAUCAACUGAGUUGCACUUCCCUCCAGAUAAUAAGGAUUUGAGUACUGACUGCAUUGAUUUAUGUCGGAAGUUGUUGCGUCGCAACCCCGUGGAAAGACUAACAUUUGAAGAGUUCUUUAACCAUCCAUUUCUUUCUCUCUACAGACCAGAAGAUUCACUGAGGAGUACGAUUGCAUCAAAGACAGUUAAUUGUUUUCCAUUGGCUGAAUAUGAUUCUAGAAGGCACAGAGGAGAAAAUUCUCAAGAGGAAUGCCUGCCUUUCCCUUUGGAAGAUGAUCCUAGUGGUCCUGAUGUGAGCCCUUCUUUCCUCACAAAGAAGGCCUCAAUGAAGUCGGCCUCUGGACUUUCUGGGGAUACAAAAGUUGACAAAAGAGUAGUAGCUUCUAAUGUUUCCAACAACAUAGAUAUUGCUUCUAGAUAUGGUAGUCCCACGUACAAACUGGAGAACACUGGACUUAGGCUUGAUCAGCAUAGGCAUUUAAGUGAGAAUCUCAAAGAAUCUUUACAAAUCAUGGACCAACAACCAGUGAAGGCUCCUUCCAAAGUUAUAGAUUCACUGGAGUUCAUUGAUCAGGAUUAUGUCCUUGUGUCUGGAUUCUCUGUGGAGGUGUCGGCUUCAUCUAUUAGCACAUCUAGGUCACGUCAUUCACCAUCCAAAUCAAAGAGUUCCCAAGUGGCAUCUGUAAGUAAUAAUACCACAUCAAGUGCACCGAUGCCAAUUAUUGGUGCAGUAGUCCGGAAUACCUGCGGUGGUGGAAGCAUGGAUAGUUACAGCUCUGCACCUUCUGGAGCUUCACAAGGAUCCAUGGAUAUAGGUGAUGCUGUGGAGCAACCAUCAUCUCAUUGCUUGACAAGGAUUAGGUCAUUGCAGCAGUGUGCUUCUGCUAUCACAGAAUUAGUAAAUGAUAAGAUUGAGACAGGUAGGCAAUUAGAAGCAUUCUCAAUUCAGCUUGUAAUCUUAGCGAUCUGGAAGGAAGCACUUCAUAUUUGCCAUGCACAAGCUGCAUCAACUGUAGAAGGAAGUCCAACUCAGGACAUUACUCGAAUCAGGGAAAGCACCAAUGGGAAGCAUAGUAAUUCUGAUGUCCAAGAAAGGGUUAGUAUUGUUGACACUGGAGGACCUGAGGCUUUGUGCUCCCAGAUUGAAAAAGAAUUUCUCCUUGAGGUUGGGCAUGCCGAUGAACUUGCCAGAGAUCUUGAACCAAAUGGGGCAACAGAGAUGCCAGACGCAAUGGAAACAAUAUUCCAAUCCGCCCUUGCAUUUGGUAGACAUGGUGCUGUCGAAGAGCUGAUGGGUGAUAUGGAGAGUGCAGCAUCACUCUAUUCAAAAUCCGUACGCUUGCUAAACUUUCUUCUAGUGGAAGCACCCUCCCUAAUCCUGAUUCCACCCUUCUCCCUUACAAAUUCAGAUCGCUUUCGGCUGCAGACAUACAUUGAUAUCCUGAAUAACAGGCAGGGCCAGUCCAGGUCUCAAAGAAUUGCUCUUUUCAAGUGUGAGGAUCAACAAUGCCCACCUUGAAGAUUUGUUCAUCUUUAAAACACUGGCCAAAGAUUGGCUGUGUAUUAUGUAAAUCAUUUAAUUGUACAGCAAUUCUUUUCAUGUCUCUCUGAUGAUGAAACAACGAAUGGUUUUUUAUUUGGGAUGAAGAGAUUUUGUUAAUAUUGGCAUCCUGUAUUUUAGAAGAGAACCUACGAGA